AUGGUUGGGGUACGAAGCCAGGAUCAUUCCAAAUCAAACACCGGAACCAAUUCAAAUACCAAUUCAACGUCUGGAUUAUCACUUACAGAUGUCAAAAAUAAUGGCCCACCCAAAAUUAACAUAGAAACCACUAAUGAUCACGCAUCGCCGUAUAAGUUAUAUUUGAAAAUAAAUGCUAAUCGAGCUGCCGACUUGGUCACGACAACAGAUGCAGAGAAGGACGCAAAUGCAAGUACAUCAAGGAAAUUCAUCAAUCCGGUGCUAGUAGCAAAGAUCAACGAUCAAAAGAAAGUGACUCACAGGAAAACCAAUACAAAUCAGCCGAGUUGGGAUGAUGAGUUAAAUAUCUCAUUAAAACGAGGUGACUUGUCGUCGAUAUUGACCAUCUCGGUAUGGGACAAACAUAAACGGUACAAGAAUUAUCUAGGAGAAUUAAGAUUGAGUUUAGAAAAGCUAUUUUUAAAAGAAGACGGCACUUUUAUUGAAAAGACAGAAUUAAAAUGGUACGGCCUUAGUUCCAAUUCCACAGUGCAUGCAUUUGUCACGGGGUCACUAUUACUUUCGUUUGAAUUGUUUGUAAAGAAAAGAAAAUCGAGUAAAGUCAAAGGAAAGGCGAACAUAGGGGCCAACAUUGGAGCACAGAUGCAAAAUUUGAGAAUAAAUGUAACAGAACAGGAAUUCAGAGCGUGGUUGAAAAGUUUGAUUGAACCAGAUUCGGGAGCACUUCACCUGUUGACACCCGAUGAGCAAGGAUUUUAUGAUGAUGCAAUGACAGAUGUAUCGGAGUUGGAGUCCGUAGCAACAAAGAAAUCUUCAAGUUCUGCCUUAAGCAACAAUGAAAAGAUACCCAACAACUCCAAAAAGGACAAGUUUCUUAGUGUUCGAGAUAAUGACAGGUAUGCAAACUCAUUAUCUGACCGGUCGUCAUAUUUAUCAACGGAUGCAUACAGUGAUGCGAACUCGUUUCAAGGAGGUGGAGAAAGAAAAGACAAACCCAAGAGGGGGUUGGGCCUAAGAAAAUCCAAGCAUGCUCAUAACGACCUUACCAAGGAUAGGAAGUUUGAAUUGAGAGGACGACAAGUAUUAGGUGUUGUGUUUAUUGAAAUUGUUUCUUGUGAAGAUUUGCCACCAGUUACAAACUUUACACGUACUAGCUUUGAUAUGGAUCCUUUCGUGGUUGUGACUUUUGGGAAAAAGACUUUUCGAACAAGUUGGAAGCGACACACUUUGCUGCCUAUUUUUAAUGAGCGUGUUGCCUUUGAAGUUUUAGCUCAUGAAAGUAACUUCACCGUCCAAUUUUCUGUGCUCGAUAAGGAUCGAUUCUCGUUUCAUGAUAAUGUUGCUCACAUUAAGUUGGCUCUUCGUGAUCUCAUUGAGCUAUCACCUUUUCAAACUAUUAUGGAUCGUGGUGUGUCUAGUUCAGAUGCAAGCAUCAAUAUAGAACCGGGAUAUUCUACCGGCGACAAUGAUACUAGCCUGAAGUCCAAUGUCAAAAUAUUGGAGGACGAUAAUAUAGUCAAGUCAGUUAGACGUGGAAGAUUUUCAAAUAGGAGAAAAAUCGUGGAAUCCACUGUGGAUACAUCAAAAUUCAAGGUUAUGUCUUUGAAUCUUGAUUUGCAUGAUCAAAAGUAUUUGGGAAAGUAUACACCAAAGUUGAAAAUCCGGGUCCGUUUCGAAACGUACAACGAGUUGAGAAAGGAGUUUUGGAGAGUGUUAUUAAAGCAGUACGAUUUGGGCGAUAGUAAGGAAGAAAAAGAGGCUUAUGACUACAUGGAAUUGGCGUCUCUUUUGGAUGCAUUGGGAACCAACGAUGCAGAUGGUUUAGUCGAGGAAUUUUUCAAAAACUUGAACAAGGAUGCAGCAGUUGACUCGUUGACCUAUGAUGAAAUCAUUGAGCAAUUGGAAAUCCAUGUGAGUUUAAAUGAUCAAAACUCAAACAGAUUAUUUGUGUUUGAAACUUGUCCCUUGUGUUCACAAAAGCGGCUCUCUAGGAAACAAGAUAUGGAUAUUAUCACGCAUUUUGCAAUCUGUGCAUCCAAGGAUUGGAGUAUUGUAAACAAGCUUCUUGUUUCUUCCUAUGCUACUCCGCGCCAUGCCACAAAGAAGUGGUACUCAAAAGCACUCAUAAAACUUACCUAUGGGAAGUAUAAGUUGGGUGGUAAUACAGCCAAUAUUUUUGUCCAAGACCGGUUGACGGGGAUUGUUGUGGAAGAGAAGAUGAGUGUUUAUGUUCGAUUGGGAAUACGUUUGCUAUACAAAGGUUUGGAUAAAGCUAAAUCAAAAAGGGUGAGGCUAUUAUUAAGCAGUCUUAGUAAGAAGCAAGGUAAAAAAUUUGACUCACCUCUGCUGAAGGCUGAUAUUGCAUCAUUUAUCAAGUUUCAUAAACUUAGUCUUGAAGAUUGUUUAAUCGAUAACCCUGAUAGGUAUCCAACUUUUAAUGAAUUUUUUUACCGAAAGUUGAAACCUAAUGCUCGUGUUAUUGAAGACAAGGAAAACGAAGGUAUUGUUUCUUCGCCAGCUGAUUGCAGAUGCACUGUAUUUGAUUCCGUCAACGAUGCCACAAACUUGUGGAUAAAGGGAAGAAACUUUACGUUGGCCAAGUUAUUUAAUGGGAAUUUUCAAAAUUUGAACCUGACCAAUUUAUAUAAACCUGAUCAAUGUUCAUUGGGAAUAUUUAGAUUAGCGCCCCAAGACUAUCAUAGGUUCCACUCUCCUGUAUCAGGAACUAUUGGCCAAAUCAAGUACAUCGACGGUGAAUAUUACACAGUUAACCCAAUGGCCAUUCGGUCAGAGUUGGAUGUUUUUGGAGAAAAUGUACGGAGUAUUAUUCCCAUAAAAACUAAAGAGUAUGGUACGGUUAUCAUGAUUGCUGUAGGUGCCAUGAUGGUUGGUUCAAUAUGCCUUACUAAACAAGAAGGUGAUUCCAUCGAACGAGGAGAAGAAGUUGGAUACUUUAAAUUUGGUGGAUCAACCAUCAUAUUAUUGUUUGACAGAACAAAGUUCAAAUUCGACAACGAUUUGAUAUCAAAUUCUAAAUCGCGUAUUGAAACAUUGGUUAGAGUUGGUCAAUCAAUUGGGCAUUCUCCCGAUGUAAAUGAAUUCAAGAGGAACUACGUUGAGUUUGAUCAAUUACCACAAACAACCAAAUUGCAAUUGAUUCGCGUGUUGACUGGUGGUGAUUUGACCGAUAAGCAUCAAUUGAGUAAUUGGGAAGCAAGCCGGGUCGAUGUUGGAGACGAUGAUGAGCUUUAUGCAUCGGAUUCUAACAUCAAUUUUGAUGAGGACUCUUCAAUGGAGGAAGAAGGGUCAAUAACAUCAGGGUAA